GUACAGCUGGCGGAAAUGCCCUGCUCGCGCUGUCUAUUCCACUUCCUGUUAGCUGAAGUUCUAAGCAUGGCAACUGCGACGACCCCGGUUGGCCAAGAUCGACCGACCAAAGUAGAUCGCCCGCCUGUCGUGUUUGAUUUGUCUCAGCCUCCGGUAAUCGAGGGGUUCACCCCGCUGCCCAGAGCGAAGGAGGAGAAUUUUAAAGAGAAAUUCAUCAGGAAGACCAAGGAGAAUCCCCUCGUCCCUAUAGGUUGUUUGGGAACAGCGGGGGCAUUGGUCUACGGGCUCAGCGCCUUCAGACAGGGCAAAACCCGCCAGUCGCAGCUGCUAAUGAGAGCCCGUAUCUUCGCUCAAGGCUUCACCGUCGUUGCUAUUAUAGUGGGUGUAGCUGUCACAGCACUGAAGCCCAAGCAGUGAAGACAAGACGGCAGACCCUGUGUGACCACACUGACAAGCGCCUUACACGGUCCAUGGCUGAAAAGUGAUGGGAAUAUAGAAUAAACUGAACAUUAAAUGCCAAUUGUUAGCAUUUUUAUUUACUUCAUAAAGUCCCAGUGUUGCCAGAUGGCACUGUUCGCCAACUUUCAGCAAUAUGCCACACGUAGUUCAUCCCAAAAUAAAAUAAAAAAAACUUUAGGGUGAGUGAAAGAUUAUCGUUAGAUGAACGACCCACUAUUUAAUUUAAAGUCAAAAAUUGUCUGGUUAACAGACACAGUACCUGCCUGUUGAUGGCCAUUACUUGAAACGUUGCUUUGCUUUUCUUUUUUCUUUUUGUCUCAAUUUUCUUACUACUCAAAAGUGCUGUGUAUUAUUUGCAAAGAAAUUCUUAUAUGCAAUUCUUGAUAGUAACUUAAAUCUCCAAGUGUUAUAAAUGUUAGUCUCAUUUUGAAAAGCCGUAAUAAAGAUUGUCUGAAUGCA